AUGAAUGUAGGCAAACAGAAACUUGGUUGUAAUGUUGAAAAGGAUCCUUUCAAACCUUGUUGUAGAUGUACGCGUCUUGGCAUCGAAUGCAAAUUAGACUCUGAUUUCAAGAGAGUGGCAAAGAGACACAAACAUGCGGAAAUGCAGAAGGAAAUAGAGGAGCUAAAAGAAUUGGUCGCAAAACAAGCAGCACUACUUGCUGUAGCAAAUUCUCCUGAAAAUUUUGGAAAGGAAAACAACGCAUCGUCUUCUAAAGACUCGAAACCAAAAGAUCAAAGGAUUGAUGAUAUCUUAGUAACCGGUGAACAACUUUCUUUUCUGUUCGAUCAGUACUUUUCGCGAUAUCAUCAUAUAUGUCCCAUUCUAGAUCCUACUCAAACAUGUGAUCAGACCUUUGCUCAAGACCCAGUACUUGGAUGGGGGAUCGUUCUUGUAUCAGCUAGACGUUACCCCCAAGAUCCUACUUUGGUACUCAACUUGUCGAAAGCAUAUAUGAAAUCUUUGUGGAACUCUAUAUCUGAUAUGCCUCAAAGAGCGUCAUCUAUAAAAGCUCUGGCAUUGUUAUGUACUUGGCCUGUACCUUUAAUACGAGGCUUUACCAAGAGUAGAAAUGAUAAAGCUUCUGCUACUAUGGGACUGAGUGAAUUAGAUCCGACCUGGAUGUUGAGUGGAAUCAUGAUGCAGAUUUCUCUCCAAACUGGAAUGCAUCGACCCCGCCAUGCACAAGAUUUUCUUAAGCAGACAAGAGAUGUCUCGGAAGCCGAAUUGAGUGAUAGGAAGUUAACGUGGGCUUUGUGUAAUAUUGUCUCUCAAAGUGUUUCGACUGCGAAUGGCCAACCUACAAUAACCAUUUAUGAUUGGGGGCUUGGAGAUGGCCUUGAACAAGAUUCAGAAAUCCUUCCACCAGGCAUCAAACAACGAUUGAAGAUUGAGAAGUUUUGUCAGAAAGUCUCGAAAACAUUAUAUGGAAAUAGCUCCGAAGUGACAGGAGUCCUAUCUAAUAUCGAUGAACAAAUUUCAAUGACUAACAUGCUCGAACAUCAAUAUCAACAAUUAGAGUCCGAGAGUGUUACGUUCUCAUCACUUAAUAAAUUAUACUUGCUUGCCGCUCGACUUCAUUUGCACACCUUUGCAUUUUAUGUCCCCGAAUUCUCACCAAACCACUUAAGUGCCCUUUCCUCGGCAUAUAAUUCUGCUACAAGAUUUAUUCAAGCACUUCUCGAUUACGAUCUUCAUUCCGAAGCAAUACUUCCUUAUUGCUCAUAUUACAUUCUCAAAAACUUGAUAUGCGCAUCAUGUGUCCUCUUAAAGAUACUAAAUAGUACAUAUGCCAUGCAAUUCGAUAGCACACAAGGGAGAUCCCUCUUCAAUGCCGCGAUCUUGGCAUUGAGAUCCACAAGUUUAGCUACAAAUGACUUCUCGGAUCGCAUUGCUGAAGCAUUCGCCAGAAUGUGGAGGAGUGCUGGGUCAGGGGAUUUAAACCGAAGACGCGAGGACUUUUCCCCUAUAGAUAUUAAAAUUCAAUCUAGAAUGUCUAUAAGCCAUGUUCAUGAUUGCUUUCUACGUUGGAGAAAAACAAUUAAUCCUCCCGCGACUGUAAAAACUAUCUCAGAUACCAAUUGCAACGGCCCUUUAAAUCAUUCUGAUACCUCAUACAACAAUAUGAAUGGUGAUGUUACGCAAGAUCAAGGCGCCACUGCAACCUAUUUCCAGCCCGGAUCGUUAGAAGAAGCGAUGAAUUUUCCACCUAUGAUUGCGGAUUUUGAUUUGCUAAAUUCAUUGGAUUGGAAUUUCGAUGAGAAUCUACUUGCCACUUGGACAUGA